AUGGAGCAGCCGUGGAACCAGCAGAGAGAGGGCGGCGGCUUCGCCAUUGCAGAGAGCUACCACGCCGACCUCGAUCAGGCCGUGACAGGCGUGUGCGAGGUCGUCGGGGCGCUCCUGAUGGAGGACCUGCCCGCCUCCUCCGAUUUGCUGCUCGAUGGCGACGUUGAUCAUCGCCAGCUGAGCCAUGUCAUUCGGUCCCUCGAGGCGGAGAUCGGCGGCGACGAGCCGGCGGUGAUGAUGGCUGAUGAUGGUGGUGAGGGUCUGGAAAGGAUUGAGGAUGUGUUCUCGGAUGACAUGGAUGGCUACGACUACGAGGGUGCAUCAUCGUUCUUAGCUGGGCAUGAUGAGGCAGAGGGUUGGUGUGUGUACACUAAUAAUGGGUACGAGGGUGGUGGCGUUCUGGGGUGUGACACGACGGUUGAUCACCUGUACUACUACUGCUGCUGCGCGGAAGGUUCUGCUGACUACAUGUAUCUCCCCUUGUGGGAAUGA